CGCAUCAGCACGCGCUCACUCAGUCCUCUGCUGAAGAAUGAGAGCGUUUCUAAAGAACGGAAGUGGACCGACCAUUUUGAAACCCCGCACCGCUUAGCACAAUGGAUAAGGGCCACACGGUUAAGCUCUUCGUAGGGAAUCUGGCCCUGGAUACCACGCAAGAAGAACUGUCAGCCAUCUUUGAGUCAUACGGCCAGGUUGUUAGCUGUAGCGUUCUGAGGCAGUUUGCUUUCGUACACCUACAAGGGGAGGGCGCUGCUGAACGUGCCAUUCGGGAGCUCAAUGGCCGAGAGUUUAAAGGUCGUAACCUCGUGGUCGAGGAAUCCCGAGGACGCCCACUCCACUCGACGAAGGUGUUUGUGGGUAAUCUGAGUAGUAUGUGCACCACAGAAGACCUCCAGGAGCUGUUUCAGACCUUUGGGAAAGUUUUGGAGUGUGAUAAGGUGAAAGGCUAUGCUUUUGUACACAUGGAGAACAAGGAAGAUGCGCUGCAGGCUAUUGAGGCCUUGCACGGGACCUCUUUCAAAGGACGACCACUAUCCGUGGAGCUGUCCAAAGUUCAGCCAAGCAAACAGGCACCAACUGGGAAAAUCCCAUGUGUGAGCUGCGGAAAACAGGGUCACUAUGCAGGUGAAUGCCCCGCUGGAAAGCCCACCCUGGAGCAGUACCAGAGCCAAGCGGCCGUGUUAGCAGCCGCCGCUGCCGCCGCCGCCGGCCUCCCGCUACAGGUUCAGCAGAGCGUCCACAAUUCGGUAUACAACACCUCAACUUUUGACCCCACCUAUGCUGCUUUGACUGGACUUACAGCUGCUGGUGCAAGAGCCGAAGGUGGAACCGCGGUGGCACCAGCCGUCUACGGAGCGCUAGCUAGUCAAGUGUACGGUACAGUGGCCAAUCAGCUCUACGGUGGGACAGUUGCAAAUCAGGCACUCAACAACAGUGCUGCCGCUGCUGCCGCACAGAUGUAUGGCUCCGUUAACCCAGCUUUCUAUGGGCAGAUGACGAGUGGCGCAGUGGCAGCCGCCGCAGCAGCCGCCGCCGCAUACGGUCAACAGGUUUACACGCCCGCCAUGGCAAAUCAAGUGUUUCUAACCGCAGCACCGAGCAUGGAGGUACCAGGAGGUAACCCAGCUUAUACGGUAGCACCGGCUCUCUACAGCACGUCCCCGGCUUACGGGGCUCUUGGGGCAGCUGACACAGCAGCUUUCUUCGAGGCAGCAAGGGCACACUACUUUGCACAAGGACAGCAAGUGCUAGCUGAACAGCAACAGGCUAGCUCAAAGUCUGGCGAGAGGGACCGGAGUCCACUAAGAAGAUCUGCCCCACUUCUGCCUGACCCUGUUAUGAAACCAUUUAUGUACCAGAGGGCCAAGCGCAGAGCCUUGUUGCCCACACCUGCAGGUCGAGAGGAAGCCGCCGCACAGGAGGACGACCCUAUAGCCAGAUAUUACGCGGAAUACUACCAGCAAGUACCAGCAGCUGCAGCAAUACCAACAAUCCAACAAUACCAGUACGCGUACCCACCUCCCAACCACCUUGCAGCAAUGUCCGCACUGCAGGCUUUGCCCGGUGUCCCGACUCAGCAGGUGGCAACGCUCGAGUCCCUCAGGCCAGUCCUGCCCGCCGCCUCCGUGCCUGCCAUCGCAAUGGCAACACCUCGCGUGUAUGAGCCACCGGCGAUACCGCCGUCGCACAAGGAGCCCCUCCUCCGCCGCCCCGAACUCGCCCUACACACCCCUGAAACACCCUUCCGAUAGUGUGCUCCACGUCCUCUCUGCCUCUCCUUUCCUUGUGCUGCGUGUGUGUGUGUGUCAGAAAGAAGCCACAGGUGUAUGUUUGACGUGUGUGCUUGGGUUUAAGACGGUGGCUGUGUCAGUUUUAACUAUAGACUGGAGUCUCUAACCUUGGUUCUGAUCUCUCACACACACCCAGUGUAGUCAGGGCUUGAAAAGGAACCCGCAUGCUCUCAUUC